ACACACACACACACACACACACUAGAACACUGAGCGUCUCUUCCGGGCGCUCACUCGGCAGCUGGCUCAGAAUCAGCUCCUCCCUCCUGUGUGGUGGCUUUUCCGACCAAAAGCUCCUCAGACGUGAACAGUUUCGCUGAGGAGCACUUUACUCCCCCCUCAGCCCUUUCCCCCCGCUGCUCCCCCCUCCUUGGAAAAACAUCCAGGCGGACAACCGAGGCGUCACUUUCUGCAUAGCGACCUGAGUGAGAGGAGUUGAGGUGUCGGAUAAUCAGGUCUCCAGUCGUCCUUCACCCGGAUCUCUGUCAGCGAUGGAGACUCGGGCUGGCACCCGCCCAGAUUCGCACAUCUCUCUGGGUCUCUGGCUGCUGAUCACCGCUCAUGCCCUCCAACACGCCAGGGCGGAGAUAAGUUGCGGAUCUUGCCCGUCGCCUGUUCAACUUCACCGGGAGGAGCUGCAGCUGGCGCCGGGGCUGCGCUCCGACCCCGCGGAGGAGGCGGUUGAGGUCAGGGAACCCCGGGUUACCGGUCGGGAAUCUGGGAUGCUUGCUACUUCUGGCCCUAAUUUUAGUUUGGAUGAAGUUAAAUCAGACGAUUCCGAGUCUGGGGUGGCUGAGGAUGCUGCGCUCUGGAGAGCCAAGAGGAGCGCUCCAGACUUUAGCGAGUUCAGCGACAGCGACUGGACCGGCCGGACCGCGCAGCUGGAUAGCCACAAAGCCGGCCGGUCGGAAUUCGGGUGGAACAGGCAAGAUGGGAGAGGAAAUACCCGGCAGGAUGAGCCCAGGCUCAACAGCAGCACCUUCGCUCUCACUGGGGACUCUGCGCACAACCACGCCGUGGUCUACUGGACCGGACAAAACAGCAGCGUCAUCCUUAUUCUUACCAAACUCUAUGACUUUCACAUCGGCAGCGUCACUGAGAGCACUCUCUGGAGAUCUGCAGACUACGGAUCAACAUAUGAGAGAAUGAACGACAAAAUCGGGUCCAAGGCCGUCCUCAGUUACCUUUACGUUUGCCCGACCAAUAAAAGGAAGAUUAUGGUCCUGACUGAUCCGGAGUUUGAGAGCAGCGUGCUCAUCAGCACUGAUGAGGGAGCCAGUUUCCAGAAGUACCGGCUCUCCUUCUUCGUCCUGAGCCUUUUAUUCCACCCCACACAGGAGGACUGGGCCUUGGCCUACAGCCACGACCAGAAGUUGUACAGCUCAGUCGACUUUGGAAGGAAAUGGAUGCUCAUCCACGAACACGUCACCCCGAACAGAUUCUACUGGUCUGUUUCUGGACUGGACAAAGAACCAGACCUGGUCCACAUGGAGGCUCACACUCCAGAUGGAAAUGUGCAGUAUGUCACAUGCAGAGCUCAGAUCUGCUCCGAAGCCAACCGGAAUUAUCCAUUCCCGGGAUACAUCGACAUCAGCUCUCUGGUGGUUCAAGAUGACUACAUUUUCAUACAGGUUCCCACCUCUGGACGAGCGACUUAUUACGUCUCCUACAAGAGAGAAGCUUUCAUACAAAUCAAACUGCCAAAAUACUCCCUGCCUAAGGAUUUACACAUCGUCAGUACUGACGGGAAGCAGGUCUUUGCAGCAGUGCAGGAGUGGAACCAGAACGACACCUACAAUCUCUACCUGUCUGACACCAGAGGGAUCUUCUUCACCUUGGCCAUGGAAAAUGUCAAGACAACCAGAGGCAUCGCUGGGAACCAGAUGCUGGACCUGUAUGAGGUGGCUGGAAUCAAAGGAAUGCUAAUCGCAAACAAGAAGCAGGACAACCAGGUGAAGACCUACAUCACCUACAACAAAGGCCGGGACUGGAGGCUCCUUCAGGCGCCGACUGCAGACCUGGAUGGAAACAACAUCCACUGCAUCCUGCCAUCUUGUUCCCUUCAUCUCCAACUGCAAACGUCAGAGAACCCGUACGUGUCGGGAACGAUCUCCACCAAGAGCUCUGCUCCGGGGAUCAUCGUUGCCACAGGAAAUAUUGGAGCAGAGCUGUCUUACAACAACGUUGGCAUGUUUGUAUCAUCGGAUGCAGGGAACAACUGGAGACCGAUUUUUGAAGAAGAGCACAAUAUCUGGUUUCUGGAUAAAGGAGGCGCCCUCGUUGCGGUCAAGCAGCCGUCUGUGCCAACUAAACAUCUCUGGGUCAGCUUUGAUGAAGGGAGGCAGUGGACCCAGCACAGCUUCUCCUCGGCGCUGCUGUUUGUGGACGGAGUGUUGGUGGAGGCCGGCGCAGACAACCAGAUCAUGACCUUCUUUGGACACUUCAGCCACCGCUCUGAGUGGCAGCUCAUCAAGAUAGACUACAAGUCCAUCUUCAGCAGGAAGUGCACUGAGGAAGACUACCAAACCUGGCACCUGCACAACAAGGGCGAGCCGUGUGUAAUGGGUCAGAAGCAGAUUUACAUGAAACGCCGGCCUGGAAACUACUGCAUGCUGGGAAGGGACUACUCCAGAAUCCUCUCAGCUGAAUCCUGUAUUUGCCGAGCUCAUGAUUUUGAAUGCGAUUAUGGAUACGAGCGGCGGAACGACGGGAACUGCCGGCCGGCCUUCUGGUUCAAUCCGUCCUCUGUGUCCAGAAGCUGCAGCCAGGGUCAGAACUACUUCAACAGCACAGGGUACCGUAAAGUGGUGCUGAACAACUGUACCAAGGGCGUGAAGGAGAUGUACACGGCCAGGAAGCAGCAGUGCCCCAACAGGCCCCCGAAAGGACUCAGCCUGGCCACCAAAGACGGGAAAGUCACCGCCAACAUGGGCAGCAACGUCACCUUCGUGGUGCACCUGGACGAGGGAGACUCUUUGAGGACGAACAUCCAGCUGGACUUUGGCGAUGGCACAGCGGUGUCCUACUCCAACCUGAGCUGGACGGAGGAGGGAAUCAAACACGUCUACAAGUCAGCGGGAAUAUUCCGAGUUACGGCGCUGGCAGAGAACACGCUGGGUUCCGAUACCACUACACUGUAUCUGCACGUCACAUGUCCGGUGGAGCACGUCCAGCUCCUUGCUCCCUUCGUGGUGAUCAGAAACAAGGAGGUGAACAUCACAGCGGUGGUCCUGCCCAGCCAAUCACGCACUGUCACCUACUUCUGGUGGCUUGGCAACAACACAGAGCCGGUGAUAACUUUGGACGGCAGCAUCUCAUACACCUUCAGGAGUGAAGGAAUGCACAGCAUCACAGUUCAAGUGGCAGCAGCUAACGCCAUCCUGCAGGACACCAAGAGCAUCGCGGUCAAAGAAUUCUUCAAAUCUCUGCUUUUAUCUUUCUCCCCGAACUUGGACGAGUUCAACCCCGACAUACCCGAGUGGAGGCAGGAUGUGGGGAGAGUAAUUAAGAAGGCUCUGCUACAAGUGGCAGACUUCCCAGAGGAUCAGCUCUUGGUUGCCGUUUUUCCAGGAGUUCCAACAGCUGCAGAACUUUUCCUGUUACCCAACAAGAACCAGUCUGAGGGCAAGAAAAAGAGUGAUGAAGAGCUAGAGAAGGCGUCCAGCAUCAUCGUAAGCGCACUGAACCAAAACCUUGUGGAGUUUGAGCUGAAGCCUGGCGUCAGAGUCAUCGUCUACAACACACAGCUGACGCUGGCGCCGCUGGUGGACUCCAGUCCCAGACACAGCAGCUCUGCGAUGCUCAUGCUCCUCUCGGUGGUGUUCCUGGGCCUCGCCGUCUUCCUCAUCUACAAGUUUAAGAGAAAAAUACCUUGGAUCAACAUAUACGCUGAGGUGAACCAGGAGAAGGAGCAGGAGAUGAUUGGCUCGGUCGGUCAGGGCGACAGCACGCCGAAAAUCACUCUGAGCGAGUUCACAGCGUCCAAAGAGCUCAUGGAGAAGGAACUGGAUGCCCGGGUCAAGAGAGGAGUCGGAAACGCCUGCGAGAGCACGAGGGAGAUUCCAAACUGUACCAGCGUGUAGAAGCUGAAGUUCGUGUACAGAGCGAGUGUCACAGUGUCCGGGGUUCUUCUCCAUUUCUGUUUUGUAAUUCUAAACACAACUGAUGUUAAUAGUUUUUCUAAAAGGCCUCAUUUAUACAGACUUGCAUGGAUGUCUCGUUGGGCAACAUCCAAUGCAGCGAUGGGAUCUCUGCAACGCCGACGAGACUUUUGGGUUUCCGUGGAUGUAAACGCUCCGCUCAUUUGCUGAGGGAAUUAUCUUUUGUGGAUGAGUUCUGUACGUUUCCUGAGAUGUUUGCUUUGAAAAUAAUUUCUGCCUAAAUGUAGACUAUAUUGUCAGAGUCUUCAAUCAAACAGGGAAUAUUACUGAAAUGUAUAGUAUUAUUUUUCGUUCUGUUCCAUGUAAAUAUCCUUUCUACAUGCUCGUAGUCUCAUGGCGACGCCGUGAGAUCUGACGGCGGUCUGUUUUUGAAGGUGUUUAAAACGUCAGACAUCGCUUACAGAGAAACAUUUUGCUUUGCUGACGUCCUUGACUUGUGCAUGUUCCUACUGAGGACACGGUUUCUGUGUUGUAGAUAAGCAAGUGUUGUAAAUAGUUCUUUUCUAAACAUUCGUCAAAGCCCAGUCGGUUCUGGCCAGGUUCUGUUCUGCUGUCAUCCUCUUCGGUUGCUGUUGAAACGGGUCGAUCUGCUAAUGUUCAGCUGCCGUUAACAGAUUUACUCUGCAAGCAAAACAAGGCGGAUCAACAUGAGGAGGAUUGUGUAUAAUAUAUUUAUAUUUUCAGUAGAAAUAUACUCCAGAUAACCAGACAUUUUAACUAGAUGAGUGUCUUUGAACCAAACAUUAAGAGCUUCUGGCAUCACUGGGUUCCAUUUGGCCUCUGAUUGUCCUGCUUUGUGGGGACCAGGUCUGCAGUUCACAGCAUUUUAGAGCAAAAAAUGGUGACAUUUUCAUAAUGUACAGAAAAUACUUUGUUCUAACUCAAAAAAUAAUGGCUGAAGAAAGUCAUGACCCAGACUGUCAAACAUUUCUGUUGUGCCAAUUUAACAGAUGGACAGUAACAAUGUGUUUCGAUGAAGCUUUAUGAUCCGUAUGAGAGGAAAAACUGAGGGUGUCAAAACGGCAAAGACAAAAUGUAGAGAUUAAAGUUUCUCUAUAAAGAUUAAAGUGCAUCUAAUAAACCAACACUAACAAUGUUUUAUGUAAAGGAGCUCAUAAAAUAUAAUCAGGAUUUAACACAUUCAUUCUGUCUGAUGGGGUCAGUUGUUCUAUUGAUUUUGUUUCUGUUUUUUGUAAAACAGUAAAAUCUGUCCUCUCUAAAACAAUCAGUUAUGUGAACAUGCAGCAGAGAAAUCACUUAAGGCAUGAAGUAACGAAACUGUUUCUCCUGUUUUUUCCUCUUUUUUUCAUCAAAUUCUUCCUGCAACAAAACAUUUUAACUCUGAUUUUUGUGCCACUUGUGACAUUAUUGACCCAAAUACACUUAAACCAGAAUUAGACAUUUUUUGAAUGCACCUUAAGAAACUCCGUAUUGUUGUGAAAUCUUUCAGUGGACGUUUACACGGUGAGCCUCCGUCUGCUCAGGGUUCAGAUUUUUCUCUGGAACUUAAAUCCAGAGGACUUACAGUAUGUAAGACAUUUGGUGGAUGUUUUUGUAGAGCAUAUGUAAAUAAUUUGAUGGAAAAUUCAACUUGAGAAGCUGGAAUAACAUUGCGUAACGCUGCUUGGCUGCAGCUGGUGUUGGCAAAGCAGCCGGUCCAGGAGCGCUACCCGUUUUCCUUUGGACCGAUCGGCAGAGCCCCCACAGGAAGACUGUGGAUGUUAGUGCAGGACUGUUUCUGCUGCAUAUUAAUCCAUGUUUGGUGUCUGAACUACUAGAACACCAGCUGUGGUACCAAACCCUCUCUGGUACCAGGGAUCCACUGAACCUCAUUACCCAGGUUUCUUCUUUGGUUUUUAAGGUGUGCACCCUUAAGAAACGGAGCCAUGCGACAGCUCCAGCUGUGUUUUUGUUUUUAGUGGAAGGUCAGAAGAUUUAGAUCAUUUCAGAACCAGAUUCAGAUCAAGUCACUUUUAUUUCCUGAUUGAAGAGGGUGAACUUUUUUCCCUCAGCUAAACUCUGCCAGGUUUCUUUACCAAAAAAUGAUCUGACAGUCUGGCACAGCAGAGCAGUUGAUGUAUUAAUGCAGCUGAACCUGCUAAUAUAAUUUGAAAUAAGGCGGAGUUGCUCCCUCCAUGUUGCACUGUGACUGUAAUGAUAGAAAGCUGGAUGGCUAAGCCGAAGAUCCCAGCAUGCACUGCUUCCCCAGAAGCUCAUGUAAACAUUUGAAAAGCAGAGAGUCCUCAGCAGCAGAGACUGUCACACACGUGCAUUAACCCAGCAGAGGACUGAUGCUUGUUACUGCAGACAGAACUGAACUGAACAAAGAUUAUUUCCAGCCUUAUUGAAUUCACAUCGUGUCAGAGCUGAGGCUUGUUUGGAUUCUUUUUUAUUGCAGCUUUCAUCUGGUCCGACUUCUUUCAUCAAAAUGAGAUCAGGAGAAAAGCACACCAAAGGAAACUUUGGGAAACAGGAAGUAAAGUUAGUGUGGAUGAUGGUGUAAAAAAUGCAGGGAAUAGCCACUAGUGCAAAGACUUAUGGGAUAAUUUAUGAUGCUAAUGUGUUGAACUGCAGCAUUUAAUGAAGUUAUGUUUGUCCAGUCUGUUUGGCUGGUGGGUGUGGCCAAUGCUGCUACACCAGGAACGGGAGACGCCUGUUACAAGUGGCAUCUGUUCAAUGUUGUUUAAGUUGUGCAGCAUUAAAUAAACCUGCAGUAAAACCUGGAGCCUCGGACUCUUGGAAAAGUUUUAAACUUUUCAUGUUGGUGUCAGAUGUGGGAUCGACUAAAUGUUGGUGAAGAUGGAGAAUCUGAACAAACAACUGAGCAUUUGGAAGCAGGCGAAACGGGCCCACAAGUCGCUGCUGCUCCCUCAUUUCUUUUCUCUCAAGGCUGGUCAAUUUGUCAGGUUUUCCUCUGAAACCGAGGAAAACUGAAUGUUCCAGACAUUGUUUGGAAAACAGCAUAACUCCAUUAAAACUGAUUGUAAAGAAGAAAAAUAUAAAGUGCCAAAAAAGAAUCUUAAAAGGUUUAAAAUGGAAGAAAAGGGAGAAACCAGACCAACUGAGAGAAAAGUCAACCAAUGGUCAGUUCAGCUGUUUGAGUACUUUAAAAAUGAAAAGAUCCUGAAGACAAAUGAUCAGCACAGGUGUGAUGGUAUGAGGAAGUUUCUCCUGCUAUGAUGAUCUUAUUUAUCACACACCAGAGGUUAGGAAAGGCCUUUGACUUGGAAAAGCUCCAUACAGCUAUUGUUGCUGUUGUAACACCACAAUAAGACAAACUGCAGUAAAUGUCCAGUGUUUUGGUCCAGACUAAUCCCUGGACCUUAACUCAGUUUUUAACAGUCUGAUCAUCCUGGGCUCAGACGCCCGGCACAGGUACCAGCAUUUGGGUCCAUUUAAAGUCACAGUAAUUGAUCACAAGGAAGUUAAAUCUUCAAAAACUUUACAGUUUAUACAGUAGAAGUUCCAUGUUUGUAAGGAAACUGCUAAUUUUUUAACCAUUUAUUAUUUUUUGUCUCAGUUUGGGUAGAAAAAAUCAAACUGGAUCAUUUUUUCUGUAUAUUCAGCAGCAGGAUGUGAAACAUGCCCAGUGCCUGAGAGGGUAUGGAAAUAAAUCCGUUCUAAGGGUUUUAAUCUUCACUUUGAGUUUGAACAGAACCGUACAUUAAGAAAGUCACCAGUGAAAAUAUCUCAUUUCCCCCAUCUAACAACCUAAAUGCCUCUUUAUGCUGUGAACGACUGAUCCCCAGACGAGGCAAAUGGUACCUUAAGCGAUUUGUUGCAAUUGUGUUUUGUUUUUCCAGGAGGCGAAAGCAUUGUAAUGUUCUUCAGUGCACAAAAAAAGCUAUGAUGCAUGCAUCAUCGGUAAUGUCCUGUUCCAUCCUUAUUUUAAUAUUUCUACGGUAAGGAAACUGUCAUUUUGAAAUUGUUUCAAAUAAAUGUAUUUUUGUACAUCA